GGCCGCCAAUUGCCAAACAGCCUCCAAUCUCACGCCAAAAGAUCCCUUCUUCGCCAAAAAAGAAAAGGUGUUAUACAGUUCACAGAGAAGCGUCAAUCAAAGAACUGAUCACCGUUGAGCGACACUUCAUCUUUUGGAUUACUCUCUCUCUAAUUUUUUUCUUUGCCCUUCGAUUGAUUAUUUCAUCUGCGGUUCGCUGAGAGAGAAAAGAAAGGAAAAUCAAGUGUGAAGCAAACACGUCAUUAUUAAAUAAAUAAAAGUGGUAGAGCGAUCUCAGCGGUUAAAGAGGGUACAAAAUGGCGACUCUUCAAACAUGGAGAAAAGCUUAUGGUGCCCUUAAAGAUACCACCAAAGUCGGACUCGCUCAUGUCAACAGCGAUUAUGCGGAUUUGGAUGUGGCCGUAGUCAAAGCUACCAACCAUGUCGAGUGUCCUCCAAAAGAAAGGCAUCUUAGAAAAAUCUUCAUUGCGACAUCAGCGAUUCGGCCUCGAGCAGAUGUUGCUUAUUGCAUUCAUGCUCUUGGCCGCAGAUUGACCAAGACUCAUAACUGGACGGUUGCAUUGAAAACGCUUAUAGUUAUCCAUAGAGCAUUGAGGGAAGGUGAUCCUACUUUCAGAGAAGAACUUUUAAACUUCUCUCAGAGAGCACGGAUUCUCCAACUUUCUAAUUUCAAGGAUGAUUCUAGCCCUAUCGCAUGGGAUUGCUCUGCCUGGGUACGUACAUAUGCAUUGUUUUUGGAAGAGAGGCUUGAAUGUUUUAGGAUUCUGAAGUAUGACAUUGAAGCUGAGCGUCUACCAAGACCUGACCAGGGGCAGGAUAAGGGUUACAGCAGAACCCGGGAGUUGGACAGCGAAGAAUUGUUGACACAAUUGCCUGCUCUGCAACAGUUGCUUCACCGUCUUAUUGGUUGCCGGCCAGAAGGUGCUGCUAUAGGCAACUAUGUUAUACAGUACGCUUUGGCUCUGGUGCUGAAGGAGAGCUUCAAAAUAUAUUGUGCUAUUAAUGAUGGAAUUAUAAAUCUUGUUGACAAGUUUUUUGAGAUGCCAAGACAUGAGGCUGUCAAUGCUCUUGAUGUAUACAAGCGAGCUGGUCAGCAGGCUAAUAGCCUUUCUGAUUUCUACGAAGUUUGCAAAGGAUUGGAACUUGCUAGGAACUUCCAGUUUCCUGUUCUCAGGGAGCCGCCACAAUCUUUUCUUGCUACCAUGGAAGAGUAUAUUAGAGAGGCACCACGUGUGGUUUCUGUUCCAACAGAACCGUUGCUUCAAUUAACAUACAGACCUGAGGAAGGCCCUUCUGAAGAUUCUAAAUUACCCAAUGAUGAACCUGAGCCAUCUGCUCCUGCUGAUGACAAUGAUGCAGCUUCCACUGUUGAGACUGCUCCCCCUCCCCCUCCCCCAACUCAGACCAACAUGGACACUGGAGAUUUAUUGGGAUUGAAUUAUUCUGCACCUGAUGCCUCAGCAAUUGAGGAAAGCAAUGCUUUAGCUCUAGCCAUAGUACCAACUGAAUCUGGUACUGCUUCAACAUUUAAUUCUAGUGCUGGUCAGCCUGUGGAAUUUGAUCCUACUGGAUGGGAACUUGCCCUUGUCACCACACCAAGUACCGAUAUUUCUGCACCUACUGAUAGGCAAUUGGCUGGUGGAUUGGACUCGCUCACUCUCAACAGCUUAUAUGAUGAAGCAGCAUAUAGAGCUCAACAUCCUGCAUAUGGAACACCAGCUCCAAAUCCAUUUGACGCACAAGACCCAUUUGCCAUGUCAAAUAACGUUGCUCCCCCACCUGCAGUGCAAAUGGCAGCAAUGGCUCAACAACAAAACAAUCCUUUUGGUGCUUACCAGCCUGCUUAUCAGCAGCCGCAGCAGCAGCAGCAGCAGUUGAUGAUGAGCCCAUCAAAUCCAUUUGGUGAUACAGGGUUCGGGGCAUUUCCGGUGAACCAAGUGGCCCCUGUUGGUCAACCACAUGCUAAUAAUCCAUUUGGAAGCACAGGCCUGUUGUAAUGUUAAGUGUGAAGAGUUGGGUUUGUGGAUUUUGGUUGGUUUGAUCAGUUUGGGCAUCAUUUUAUGAGAUGAUGGAAAGAGUGGGUAGGUUGUGUUUUAGGCACACGAGGAAUGGCUUUCAGCAGCUAUCUUUUAUUACAUUUUGUAUGGGGUUGUAAAGUCAGUAGUUCAAAGAUGUAAUAAUAUCUUAGAUGAUUACUACAAUUAUUUUUGAAAAAUCCCAGCCGUGUGCAUCUUUUAAAAUGUCAA